UGCCAAAAGCACAACAUCUCAAUCAUUGCGUCCAUACAUCAGCCCAACACAGAUAUACUGCAAAUGUGUGACAAACUCUAUGUGUUGGCCAAAGGGGGGUUCGUAGAGUUGGGCUCUUUGACCGCACUUAUGGGUCCGUCCGGUGCGGGAAAGACAUCACUAUUGCGGACAUUGAAUGGCAUUAAUAAGACAUUGAUUACCAAAGAAUCAAAGAUUUAUAUAAACACUUCGGUGCAAAUCAAGACCUGUUUUAUAGCUCAGGACCAAAGGGAACACAUUAUGUCAGGACUGACCACAAGACAGGCCAUCAUAUAUGCGUCUAAACUCAAGAAUACGGACACCAAUUGUGCUGUCGAUCACAACUCCAUUGCCGACCAAUUGAUGUCUGAGUUGUGUUUGACUGAUAUUUCGACCAUAAAUGUGGAGAAAUGCAGUUCUGGUCAACAAAAACGGAUUGUAAUAGCGAUGGAAAUAACGGCUCAAAUCAAACCAAACCUCAUAUGUGUUGACGAACCGACUUCUGGUGUUGACAGCUAUUCAGCGCUUUUGAUGAUAAAUGGUUUCAAACGGUUGUCUCGUAAACACAAUGUAUCGAUCAUCGCAUCCAUACAUCAGCCAAACCUCGAAAUCCUUAUGUUAUUCGAUAUGUUGUAUAUAUUGGCCAAAGAAGGGGUCGCCGUAUACUCGGGUCCGCCCCGGGGUUUGCGCUCACAUUUAAGUCAAUGCAAUAUUCAAUGCGAUGAAAAUCAAAUACCAAUUGAAGUCAUAAUCAAACUAUCGGCCAAUGGAUCCAGUGAUGAGAAUGUGAUGCAAAUGUGUGUCAAAACAAAUGAAGUAAUAGAGAAAUACAUAGAAAAGAUACGGACAGAACUGGACAUCUCUUCGCACGGAAUUGUCAUUCAUUUCAAACACUUUUCUAUCACUGAAUUCGUAUACCUAUUGUCGAGAGCCGUCGCAAUCAUCCGCCGACAUAAGUGGCCCAUAAUAUUGAUUAUAGUGUUUAUUAAUAUCUCGUUUGCGUUGUUUAUUAAGAUUUUGCUUAACUAUUCAUUAGAUUCAGCGGACAGUUGUGUAGCAAUCGGUGCCAAUGGGACCGAUGUUUGUAAGCAAACUACGAGUCGUUUAUACAGCGACAAAAUGAUCGCAUAUAAUAUGUCUUAUUUGUUUUUUGCUAUUAAUGUGCCUUUCGUGGUGCAAAUCUUCUUCGAUUGCGUGACCAUGAGCGAUGAUUUGCCCUUGGUCAUUCGACAGUGUCAUAACUCUGACCUCACGAGUCAGCAACCGUUUACAUGGAUCGCCAAAUACAAGAUACGUCACACUGAACCUAAACUGUCCAACUUCUCUUGGGUGAACUUCUCUUGGAUGCACACCUCCUCAUAA